GGUGGCCUCCCCGCUGGGCGUCUGGAGGCUGCGGCGUCGGUCGCCGGGAACGCGGGUUCGGCCGGAGCUCGCUGUGGCUUUUGGUACGAGGAGGGUGAGGGUCCCAGACCUCUCCUCUCCUCUCCUCUCCUGUCCGGCUUCUCGGCAUCUUCCCCAGCCGGGCUCCCGGGCCUCAGUCGGAUCCCCCCCGGGCUGCAGCCCCUCACGGGCCGGCCGUAACCGCGCCGCGGGCCGGACGAUGCCCAGGAAGCUGCUGCUGCUGCCGCCGCUCUCCGUGUCCUCGGCUUUCCGCGCCCCGCGAGUCUGCCCCGCCGCACGCCAGGCCAUGAACGCCGCCCGCACCGGCUACCGGGUCUUCUCGGCCAACUCCACGGCCGCGUGCACCGAGCUGGCCAAGCGCAUCACCGAGCGUCUUGGUGCUGAAUUGGGGAAGUCUGUGGUGUAUCAAGAGACCAAUGGAGAAACAAGAGUUGAAAUAAAAGAAUCUGUUCGUGGACAGGAUAUUUUCAUUAUACAGACAAUACCCAGAGAUGUGAACACGGCCGUGAUGGAGUUGCUGAUCAUGGCCUACGCCCUGAAGACCGCCUGCGCCAGGAACAUCAUCGGCGUCAUUCCCUACUUCCCCUACAGCAAGCAGAGCAAGAUGAGGAAGAGGGGCUCCAUCGUGUGCAAGCUCCUGGCGUCCAUGCUGGCCAAGGCGGGUUUAACUCACAUUAUCACUAUGGAUCUUCAUCAAAAGGAAAUUCAAGGCUUUUUCAGCUUUCCCGUGGACAACCUUAGAGCCUCACCUUUCCUGCUUCAGUAUAUCCAGGAAGAAAUUCCAAAUUACAGAAAUGCAGUCAUUGUAGCUAAGUCUCCUGAUGCUGCAAAAAGGGCGCAGUCGUAUGCUGAGCGGCUCCGCCUGGGCUUAGCUGUGAUCCACGGAGAGGCCCAGUGCACAGAGCUGGACAUGGACGACGGUCGCCACUCUCCCCCAAUGGUCAAAAACGCCACUGUCCACCCCGGCCUGGAGUUGCCGUUGAUGAUGGCCAAAGAGAAACCACCAAUAACGGUGGUCGGAGACGUUGGAGGGAGCAUCGCGAUCAUAGUGGAUGACAUCAUUGACGAUGUGGAAAGUUUCGUGGCUGCUGCGGAGAUCCUGAAAGAGAGAGGUGCUUACAAGAUCUAUGUCAUGGCCACUCAUGGCAUUCUGUCUGCGGAGGCCCCCCGCCUGAUCGAGGAGUCCUCCAUUGACGAGGUGGUGGUGACCAACACUGUCCCUCACGAGGUACAGAAGCUGCAGUGUCCCAAGAUAAAGACCGUGGAUAUCAGUCUGAUCCUUUCUGAAGCAAUCCGGAGAAUCCACAACGGGGAGUCCAUGGCGUACCUCUUCCGAAAUAUCACCGUGGAUGACUAGCUUUCACGGCCACCUUGCCUGGGACUGUGCCAUCAGCUAUGUACAGUGUUUCCUUUCAGGGGAGUCGGGUCUCUGUCUCGUCAAGUUUGGUAGGUAGGAGGCAUUAAGGUAGCCGAGAGGAGACAAAGCUAAGGGAUCAAUGGCCUUAAAUGUGUGCCCUUGUCCUCCGGUUCCUUAAAGAAGACUUGCAGGCACUUUCCUGAGAAGAAUUGGAAAACCUUUUGCUAUCGGAAAGGAGUCUUGGGCAGAUACAGUUUUAACUCUAAUGUCCAUGCAGUUUCAGCCACAGGGACGUCACGUUGUGUGGAACUUGGUUGGGGAAGCUGGGUGCCCUGGCUCUGUUUCCACUCCAGUGGCCGCUCCUUAGUCAGCGUCAUGUAAGUCCUUUAUAGGGAGUUUUCUUUCUGAGAAACUGCUGUGCCUACAGCCACUGA